AUGACUCGAGCGGACAGACCUUCAUCCGUUUUCUCACAGGACUCUUGGGCGAUGCAAGCGGGCCAGACGCGGCUCCUCGCGGACACGCACGUCUACGACUGGUGGGACUGGGCGGUGGAAUGGGCCUCUGCGACGCAGCAGGGGUGGGCGCAGGAGCUCAUGGAUGAGGCCGCGCUGCGUGCGCUGCCGCGGCCAUCGGAGAUGCUCGCGGGGGCGAUGGACAACGUUGAGCUCGUCGUCGACAAGAGCAUGUCGGAUGCGAUCUCGUGUUCGCAGCGUCUUCCCCGGGCUUCAGCCCUGUGCGGAUUCAAGACACGGCGCCGCUCGUCGUCGUCCUCAAAAUGGCGUUACGCUUCGCGCUGCACUUCGCCGGCGGCCGUGCUCGUCCGCCCCACCACCGCGCGCUUCAAGUUUCUUGGAGACAACGCGCCCCGAUUGCGAGCCCGAGCGGACUCGAUCGCGAAGUCUAAAACUGAGCCCAUGCGCCCGAGCUGGCACUGGGCGGUCGAGCGCGUCCACACUGUCGACGUGCCUUGGAGCAAACAUUCUGGCAGCACCGCGCGCGACGUAGUCGGCAUGGACGAGCGCGUGCUCGUCGCGUCGUGCGGGCAUGCGCGAUGA